CACCAUUCAUUUACAUGCAGAGUACGUUCAGACGUUUGACUCUCUCUGAAGGCCUGUAGCGUGAUACUCGGGAUCAUUCUCUGUAUUCAGCUCAUCUUACUAAUUUUCUUUCUUUAUUACAUGUUUAUUUCCCCCAAGGUCGUGAUAACUAGAAUAAAAGUUCUAAAAUGGGAAGUUUUAGAAAUCUGAAUUGGAGCAGAAUGCAACAUCAUGGCCUUUUGCUUUUGUUUACCAUAACACUGGAUUCCCUCUCAACACCCAAUUCACUCUGAGUGGAUAAUCAGUUAAAAAUAGCAGUGCUACAUGAUGUGGCCACUAUGUCACAUUGUGGUGCGAAGGCCAGGGAGUGGACUUAACCUGCCUAGUUGCUAACGGUACGUCGUAAGCUAAUAAAGAGCGUGCAGCCACAGUGCUCUGAAAGUCUGUCAUAAUCCCCUUUUGAAAUGUGUUAAAUCCUAGCCUGAGUUUCAGGGCUGCCUGAGAAAUUCUUUAGAGCCGCAUAAAAACAAAGAUGUGAUCCAAGGAAGCCAGUCUCGGCGUGGGUGGCGUAAGCGAGCGACAGAGGCAGUUUUCAAGCAAACCCGGUGUUUUACACAACAUGAGAGCUUCAUCUUACAUCCAGAAGAGCUUGCAAGUCGGCAGUUCCAGUGGCAGGAUGAGGGUUCAGAGCCCUUCGCCAGCCCGGUGCCGUGGAAACUCGUACGACAGCCGCGGACGCUCAGGUUAUGGUGGAACCGCUGUUGAGUUGGGAACCGAGAUACACCAGCACCAUGCCAACGAGAAGGAGGAGAUGCAAGAGCUCAAUGUUAAGUUUGCAGGGUACAUCACGAAAGUCCAGGCGCUGGAGCAGAGAAAUGCCUCUCUUCAAGCUGAGCUGUCCGCGUUGCAGAGCCGUUACAAGGACAGCCCCGUAGGCGUCGGAGAAGAAUACGAGCUGAAGUUCAAAGUGGUGCGGGAACUGAUUGAGAGCCUGACUAAUGAGAAGGGAGCAGCCGAUAUCGAACGAGGCUACAUAGAAGAGGAGGUUGAAGUGUGGAGACUGAAGUUGGAGGAGGAGCUGGCUCUCAAAGAAGAAGCAGAAAUUAUCCUGCGAGAGUUUCGCCAGGAUGUGGACAACGCUACCCUGCAAAAAGCUGAGCUGGAGAAGCGCACUGAACAGCUCGUAGCGGAGAUCGAGUUUCUCAAGAAGCUGCAUGACGAAGAGGUUGCUGACCUGUUGAAGCAGAUUGAGGACUCCAAGAUUUCUGCUGAGAUGGUUGGAGAUCGUCCUGACCUGGCUGCUUAUCUGCGCAACAUGCGCGCAGAGAUAGAGGCAGUCGCUGCCCGCAAUGUCCAGGAAGCAGAGAAGUGGUACAAGAGCAAGUUUGAUACCCUGAAGGAGCACGCAGGCAAACACGAAGAACAGAUGAAGACUAUGAAAGAUGAGAUCACAACCUUCCACAAUCAGGUGACAGACCUACAAAGCCAGAUCGAUUCUCUGAGGGCUCGCAAUGCCGCCCUGGAGCAUCAGCUGGAGGAAAUGGAGAUCUCCCACUUGGAUAAGGUGGGUGGUCUAGAAAGCGUCAUCGCCCAGCUGGAGGCCCAACUCUGUGACACCAAGCUGGAGAUGACCAAGUAUCUUCAAGACUACCAGGAACUGUUGCACAUUAAGCUCAAGCUGGAUGCAGAGAUCGCGACUUAUCGGAAGCUGCUGGAAGGGGAAGAACAGAGGCUUGGAAUUACCAAGGAAAACUAAAAAGCUAGGAAGUGAGCCGAGGCAAAUCCAGAUCAGUCCUGAAGAAAACCUUAACCUACACGGAGUCUACUGACAAAGACUUUAAAAAAAUCUGUCUUGAAAAAACGCAGGGCUGGAUAUUGUUGCACAUUUCCAAUAACGGUGUCAACACAAGCAAACCUUGUCUGGUGAUUUGCUGGCUUGCACAAAGAGCCAUAAAAUCAUAGAAAAAAAUAUUAUUGGACUUUACAACAAUUGUCUAUACUUCUGCAGUUUUAAGAUUUAUGUGCUACAGAUAAAGAUCCAUCAGGUUCAUAAUAUCCAGCCCUCCUUAUCCUAUAGUUCAUCAUUGACCCCAUUCUGCAUUACCUUGCUGCCUUUACUGCUGUUCCUUUACAGCCACCUUCAGUGGAAAGUUUCACCUUAUUUUCUCAACCCAUAGUCUGUCAUUUUUUUUAUUGGCUCUCGCUGUCUCCUCUCAUUCCCGUGUUUGGCAGCCCUCAUUUCUCCUUGUUCGUUUCCUUUCCUCUACACCUGCUCCUGCAGUACUCUGGCUAAAUUUACCUUUCCUCUUUUUCCUGCCAAGUCAGCCCCACUGUCAUAUCUCUGUCACUUCUCUGUACUUGUCUUCAAGCUGCUUUUUGUCUCAGUUUUGGUUCUCACCAUCCUUACAUUAAAACCCUCAGAAUGUUUAGGCAAAAUACAGCUGCUGAUCAUUUCUACUAAUGUUAAACAUCUGUUGUCUAAUAAAGAUUUAAGUGAGUGCAUACCAAA